GAAACACUUCCGGUCCACAAGAAAACAUGGCGGUGCCCUCGCGAAUGUCAUGUUGUAGACUGUCUUUAUAACGUUAUUGUGUGUUCAAGCGCUACCACAAACACGUUAAGCUUAUAUUUGUAUAAAAUUACACACGUUUCUGCAUGCAGUUACUGGAUUUAUAAGGGAACCUGUCAAUCAUGGUCCAUUUGUCAUCUUACCUGCUCAAGAAAUAUCACGGUGGGCAUGUGGUCAUCAGGCUGGCAUUAGGAGGCGCCACUAACAGACCUUUCUACCGCAUUGUGGCUGCGUAUAAUAAACGGUCGAGAGACGGUAAAUAUAUCGAGCAGCUGGGCUCAUACGACCCUCUCCCGAACAUUCACAAUGAAAAACUUGUCGCCUUCAAUUACGAAAGGAUCAAGUACUGGAUUGGAUGCGGCGCCCACACAACACCACCAGUGGACAAACUUCUAGGAUUGGCUGGAUUUUUCCCACUGCAUCCAAUGACAAUAACGGAAGCAGAGCGGAGACAGAAAGCCACUUUAACAGAAGAAGUUAAAACGGACAGUCAAGACCAAGUGGAGCAGUAAAACCAAAAUAAAGUGCAAAUCAAUAGUGUUUAUUUUUCAUUUUGUUCAUAUUUUAAGGGUUUCGGCAACCAGCGUAAACUUCACAUGUGAUUCAAAUUUCCUUGUUACCCAAUAAAAUAUCAAACAUCUUGGAAGAUAAGAGACUGAAAGUGAAUUCUGUAAUCAUUAAACUAUUGUAAACACAUUCUCACGUUACUGAGAACUGAUGGCAGUUAACAAAAGAAAUUAAUAAAUGAUCUGGCCCUGGGAAACUAAA